AUGUCGCAGUUUUCGUGCUCUUUUGCCGUGCACUGUACCAGUGAGUGUGACGUAUCAACUAGAUACCCUGGUCGUACACAGUUUUUUCCUUUGAGUUCUUGUGUCAGUGAUGUAAGGGCGAACUUGAGAGAAUUGCAAACAACACAAUCAUGUGUAGCCUCUGAGAGAGAGCUGAUACUUGCUCGUGUCGGUUUGUUUGACGAGGAGGAUAAGGAUAUGGUUAUUUGCCCAAAGCAUCGCGUUUUCGUUGGAGCAAAGUAUUGUCCUUCAAGAAAAUGCCAGCAUCCACUUCAUGGUCGCCGUAAGGGUAAAGUGUCCAGAGGGGUGAACUUGAAAAUGUCGAAAGAGAUAAAGGAAACGUGGGACGUUUUGGUUCCCGUAGGCUCAGGUAAGCGGGUUCACUGAAGGUAAAUACGGUACUUAUACAUGCUUUGGUUCCUUGAUGAUAAGCCUCAUGUAAGGGAAUCAAGACAGGAUUCCAAUCACUGUAUUCCAGUAUUUGUCAGGGGACUUGGGUUCUUUUUCAAUCAUUAGUGGGAUUCCGGAUUCCACUGGCAAAAUUUUCUAGGAUUCCGGAAUCUGUUACAUGGGGCAAAUGAUUGACUAAUACACAAGUUUAGUCAAUUGUUUUAUUAAUAUAUACACAAGUGGAAAGGAGUUUUUUUUUCUUUCUGUUUUUUUGGCGGGGGUGGGGGGAAGGAUGGAAGAUCUUGUAAGAAAUUAAUUAUGAGUUAUAGGGUAUGAUAUUUAUUUCGCAAAAGAAUAACAAACAAACAAACAAAUAAGCGAUUGUGUGGUGAAUUUUGAUCUACAAGAGUUUUAAUCUAUUUUUAAAUUUACCAGGUCAAUUUGACCUUCCGUUGUUUUCCUUUUUGUAUCUUAGCUAGUUACGUUCUAAAGGUAGCCCAUAGUUAUAGGUUCCUGCUUCUAAUCGGUCAUUUUUCUCCAGGAGGGGCGGGGGAUAGGGCAAUUCUCUCAAAAGCUACAGUGAUUAUACAGAUUUUUUUUUGGCGAAACCUCAGGGCCAGGCCUUUUAAUAUAGAGCCCGGUGUCAAUUAAGAAUGAGUGUUCUAGAAUGGGGCGUGAAAAUAAGCGCCUCACUGAAAAAUUAUCAGAUUCUUGUUUAAAAUCUGCACUGGAAUUGCCGCUAAUUAUACAUUUACUGAUGGCCUACGCUGGCCUACCACAUCGCACGGACUUCUAGUAUUUUCUACAGCACUAAUCACUAAUACUUCCAACAGGGGCCCUCUUUUGACUAGGAAUGGCGGCACAAACCUAUUUAGAAUCUAGCUUGGUAAAAUCCCUCCCUCUAGGAAAGAUUAGAAUGCCUAAAUGGAUGCAGGCAAGCCGUUUAUUGCUUGGGAAAAGUGCCAAACAGUUUGUUCUAUUCAGCCUGUUACCACAAACUAACAAACCAUAAUGCUACCAAAACUCAUUUUAGGUUUAUUCUUGUACGCAGGGGUUUGUAGACAAUGCCGUGGUGACCAUCUAAGAACUCUAGGUUCUACUGACGCGGAUUCCGAAGUACAAGAUCCCGGACUGGCGUCCACGUCUCACCCAGAGCCUCAGAUUCACGAACCUUCAUGUUCUACGGAGUCCGCAGAGGAAAUAGUAGAGCCACCACAGUUACUACCGCCUGCUACAGAAGAAUCAGAACAAUUGUCUGCUACCCCUGUCCUUCACGUAAGAUUCCAAAAAGAUCUCAUUAGUGAGGUAAGUUCUUCUUCGGCAGUGUGUGAAUGAGUUUACUGAUUUCAAAGGGGCGGGACGUUUGCGUCACUUGCUUUGUAAUUGUUGUCAUAAUCCACUGAUCUUUAGAACAAAUCAGGAAAGGAGGGAGAGGGGUCGUUGUUGCUUGAUGCGUUGGGCGUAAUGUUAGUUCUCACACUAAUUUGCAUAGACUUUGAAUAAAAUCGGAAUAAUUCGUUAAAAUUGUUUGUUAUACUGAGAGUCACUAUAUGGUUGAGUCAUAAAAUUUUCUCCUUUCAAAGAAUGCCUGUCUUCGAGUAUGCUUUGGGGUCGUGGUUUCGAAUGUUGCUCACUCUUAUUUAUCGAACUUCCUUUGAAGCAUAAAGCGCGAAAUUUAAUAAAAUAUAAUCAUCAAUAACUCGUAACAAUUACUAUUCAAAGCUCAUUCUACUCCUGUUAUUAAUCUUAGAGAGAUAUGAGCAGAUUCAUAUAGCGUUCAUAAACAAAGCCAACCGGCGCAAAGCAUACCGGCCAAGAGGAAUUCUUUCAUGUAAAACUUGUGCACGCUGACUAUACGGUAAUGGUGCCAAACUGAUGGAAUAAUUAGAUAUUUCCUAGAUACAGCUUUUUUCUCUUCCAGCAUAGCGAUCGUGACUCAGACCCCAGCGAUCGCCAUUCAGACGCUUUGUCGCGGACGUCUUCUGGAUCCCAGGAGUCUCUUGGCGCAGCAGAGACAUCGGCAGAAUGGCAGCCCACCCCUCAAAUACAGCACCGCCCUUAUUACCUUAAUAAUUUCCUCAGAAUGGCUACUGAAGGCAGGGUCAGCCCAGUGAGGUCACAGUGCCAAUGUGACGUUCUUACUUUGUCAUCCAGAACCCAGCGCUACUACCGGAAAAAAGCGGAGCAGGCUAUCGAAGGCGUGCUUGAAUCCAUUGCCCCAGGCAACGCCUCCUGGCUCUACCACCAAGUCAUGCAACGGCGGAUUCGUUUACAAGCAGCUGAGGGUAUAGUCGAAGACACACUGGUUGCCAGACUGGUGAUUCUGUAUGAGGAAGCCGCCAAUUGGUACACGAGACAACAGAUCCUGUCGCUUUUCGUAAACGACUACUCGAAGAGCGAGCUAUUGGCUUUGAUUCCGGGUCUCUCAAAAUGAAGAAUCGACGAGGCAAGGAAGCACGCUUUCCAAAGUAAGCCCGGGCAACCCAUUGACCCACCAAGGAUCACCAGAUGCCGUUUGGAUGCUGUGAAAGUUGACCACUUUCUUGACUUCUUGUCCAGUCCAUCAGUUCUUCAAGAUGUGGCAUAUGGCACCAGAACUCUUAAACUGGAGAGUGGAGAGAGCUUAGAGAUCCCGAACAUGGUGUGCACACUUAUAUCCUCCCACCUAGUGCGCAUGUACCUGAACUUUUGUGUAGAGUCCAGCAUAUUUUGAGCCUCUCGGACGCUCCACGCUCUUCAAUAUAAUCAAGGUACGGAUUAUAAAACGUUCGUAAAGGACGAAUUUUGAUCAGGGUUAAUUGUAGUUGUAGCAGUGGUGUAGUAGUAGUAAUGGUUUGCAUUUAGAAAUUAGUUUGAAACCAAAGCAUUUUGUUUCUCUUCAGGUUUUAUGGGGCUUCACUAAAGAAAUCGUUAGCUGGUCUUGAUAGCACUCGGACAGAUGGGGUACAGGCGCUCGCCACUCUUGAAGACAUCACUCAUCAACUCAAACAAGCUGGUGAGAUACAAACACCUUCCAUUAUUACUGUAGGUGCAUGAGUUGUCACAACUUUUAAUAAGCUGACGGAGUAUCAAUAUUUAUUAUUGUGUGUAUUUUUUCUAUCACAGGACUGGAUAGCACAAUGGCCGAUAACAUUCCAAUGCGACUCAAAGCAGGUCGGCAGUAUCUGAAGACGGAUUUCAAGAUCCACACAGCCAGCGACUCCCCGUGCGCAGAUCACUGCAGAGUGUUCGCCCUCAGUAGGACAGAGAAAGAGUACAACGGUCAGUACCAACAUCAGCAUACCAUAACCUGUGACCAGUGCGAAGACCUAAAGAAUGCUGUCUCAGAUCUGCAACUAGCAUUGGAUUCAGGUGAAGUACAUCUAAGGUAAGAACAUCUUUGUGACAGAAAAGCAGAGUUUAGCAUUUAUUGUCAACUAACAACCUAAUCCCCAGGGCGCUUUAUAUGAGUUUCAGUUAGAAAUUUUAAAUUGCUUUGUGUGGUUCUAAACCUAAUGAACAUAUGUUAUAAAUGAAACGCAGUUUACGAAAAAAGUGAGAGAGUCAUUAUUAUUUUUUGAUAAAACGGCUUAAAAGAAAAAUUUCUGACGCUAUCGCGCCGUGAUGUUGACAAGCUCUACUCUUUCCCUUUUUAGUCCUGAUAAGUGAGAGGAGUUACAGCAUGAUUUGAGUUGCGCUGCGCCGAGCAUAGAAGAUUGGAAGUCGCACGUUCUCCGUUCAGUUCACCAGGAUGCGGCCAAGAGCGAAAUUGUUGAUAGCCUGAAACCAUCACAGGUUCUGCUAAUAAUAGACCGGGCGAUGAAGUUUAUUCUCACGUGCUUUCGCGAAACGCAGCGCGACUGGUUUGGAAAGAAGGGGAAGUCCUGGCAUUUCUCGGUGGCCAUCACUAAAGCAGAAGAUGGAACAAUUGCGGUAGACAUCAUGUGCCUACUCUUCUGUCUUUAUCGCUCACUGAUCACUAUAAACUAGUUUCUCGUGAGCGCGGUCUUUGUUGCGCUAACCGAUUGCAAAAUUGGAUAACUGAUAAGAAUGCCAGGCCGAGAAAAGACUUCCCGGGUGUUAUCUCUGUUUCAAGUCAAAAUGCGCAGGUUAAUACUCCAUUAGCCCUUGACUGUGACCAGGUCCCUUGGCGCACUAUUCAUGAUAAAAAAUGCUUUACUAUUAUGAUUUUCAGACACGUACAUAUAUCCACUUAUUUGAUGAAUGCAAUCGAAACUGGUUCAGCAUUGCCUCCAUCAUCGAAGAUUCACUAACCACCAUGAAGCGACAGAAACCUAGACUGAAUGAAGCUUUCCUAAGAUCUGACAAUGCAGGCUGUUAUCACUGCGCAUUUCUUCUUCUCAGUCUUCCAAGCCUUGGACAGCGGGUUGGUGUCCACAUAGCUCGUUAUGACUUCAGUGAGGCCCAAGCUGGGAAAGACAUGUGACCGCCGAGCCGCCGUCUUGAAGAGCCACAUUAGGCGCUACAUUAAUGAAGGCAAUGACUUCAAGACAGCAAUGACAUGAAAGCUGCUAUUGACUCGCAUGGGGGCGUCAAAGGCUGCUACUCAUUGGUGUGCACGGUUGACGAAAGGUCCCAAAACAUGACCAAGCACUCACUGAGUGGCAUACAGUCUUUGAACAACUUCGUGUUCACUGAAAGUGAAGAAAUGAUCGCUUGGCGGGCCUACAAUGUCGGACCCGGAAAGGUCUUUUCCGCGGCAUCACUAGCGCGUCUCGGUACCCCUCAAGGCCCGACAAACUUACAAGUUCUCCAGGCAUUCAGUAGUCCUGACAUACUGACUGGUGUCUUCCGUGCAUCUUCCAGCACGCAAGAACAGCAGCCCGCAGCACCUUCAAUGGACCCUAUAGCCGUAGAACGGAUUCAGCUUGAAGAAGAAGAGCGUGUGGCCUUUGGCUGCCCAGAGGAGGGUUGUAUAAAAGUUUACCAAAGUCACAGCAGCCUUCAGCGUCACCUCGAUGCCGGGAAACACCUUUUCGCGUUAGAGAGAGAGUCUACAUACGACAAGAUAAAGAAAAAGUGGACAGAGACCUGCAAGUCAAUUUCUGGUAGCUACGUGGAAGCAGCUGGGCCGCCCACAUCUGCAUCCGCCUCAGUUUCCCAUAGCCAGUCGGAAGAUCCGCUGCCAACAGCUGACAUGGGCUGGGCAUUAAAAAAGACCAAGAAGUCUGUUCAUUUCACCACUAAAGUGCGCCAAUUUUUGUGUGAAGUCUUCCUUCAAGGAGAGGACACCGGGAAUAAAGCAGCGGCUGAGGAUGUAGCAGCA